AUGGCACUUGGUGAAUCAUCUUGUAAACAUCAAGCGGUAGUUGCUAUUAAAUAUCAUUCAGGUUCUUUUAAUUAUAUUGCGACUCUUGCUCUUGAAGAUUGUAUGACUUAUAGAUAUAUCGCAUGUGAUGAGCUAAAUACUGAAGUAAUCAUUGAAAGCUCCCAAAACAG